AUUGGGCAAAUUGACUUUUAUGUAAUACAGAGCUGCACGGGAGUGGCGUGUUCGUGAGCGCGCACCAGUAGUCGCGAGGUUGCGCAUGUCGGAGGGUGAGCCGCGCUCGCAGGUGGGCUGAACUUUGUCUGCACCUGGACUGUGUGCUCAAAUGCAUUCCGUGCAACAUUAAUGGGCUUGAGGAUGUCUAGCCGUCAUUUGAGCUUCUUCACAUGAUGACCUUCCUCAUCCUUAUCCUCGCUCAGUAUGGCGGAGUCGGAUGUUGUGGAGUUUUCUGCGAAUCGAGCUCAAAGCAGCAUGGCUAACAACAAGAACAGAACACUCUGUUGUACUUUUUCGGCUGCCAGCCACAGUAACACUGUCCUGAGGGGGUUGUCUGCCUUGCGUGCACAAGGUCAGUUGCUGGAUGUGGUUUUGGCCAUUGACAACGAACGCUUCGAGGUUCACAAAGCGGUGUUGGCCUCCUGCAGUGACUACUUCAGAGCCAUGUUCACUGGAGGAAUGAAGGAGUCAAACCAGAACACCGUAGAGCUACAAGGUCUUUCAGCCAGAGGACUGAAGCACAUUAUUGAUUUUGCCUACAGUUCUGAAGUCACUCUGGACCUGGACUGUAUUCAGGAUGUUCUCGGAGCAGCUGUGUUCCUGCAGAUGGUGCCUGUGGUGGAGCUUUGCGAGGAGUUCCUCAAAUCAGCCAUGAGUGUAGAGACCUGUCUGAACAUUGGCCAGAUGGCUACCACUUUCAGCCUCUCCUCCCUUAAACAAUCAGUCGAUGCAUUCACUUUCCGUCAUUUUCUGCAAAUCGCUCAGGAAGACGACUUCCUUCACAUUCCAAUGGAACGACUGGUUUUCUUCCUACAGAGCAACAAGUUGAAAAACUGCAGUGAGAUCGACUUGUUCCAUGCAUCAAUCCGCUGGCUGCAGUAUGAUGAAUCCAGACGUCCUGUUGCCAGUGAAGUGCUCCGAUAUGUGCGCUUCCCACUAAUGCGGUCAUCUGAGCUGGUGGACAGUGUCCAGACUGUCAACAUCAUGGUGGAGGAUGUGCAGUGUCGACAGUUCCUCCUAGAGGCCUUCAAUUAUCAGAUCCUUCCUUUCCGACAGCACGAAAUGCAGUCGCCAAGAACUGCCAUUCGUUCAGAUGUCACAUCAUUGAUAACUUUUGGUGGAACACCUUACACUGAUAAUGAUCGCACUGUUAGCAGCAAAGUUUGCUAUCUGCCUGACAUCACAGCACGACAGUUUAAAGAGUUGACGGAGAUGGAGGUGGGAUGCAGCCAUGCAUGCGUGUCAGUUUUUGACAAUUUUGUGUACGUGGUCGGUGGGCAGCAUCUGCAGUACCGCAGUGGAGAGGGUGCAGUUGAUGUCUGCUUCCGCUAUGACCCUCAUCUCAACCUUUGGCUUCGAAUCCAACCCAUGCAGGAGAGUCGCAUUCAGUUUCAACUCAACGUUCUCCACGGACAACUUUAUGCUACAGGGGGGCGCAACAGGUCUGGCAGCUUGUCUUCUGUAGAAUGCUACUGCCCAAAAAAUGAGUGGACCUACGUGGAUUCUCUGAAAAGGAGAAUCUGGGGUCAUGCCGGAGCAACGUGUGGGAAGAAACUCUACAUAUCUGGUGGUUAUGGAGCGUCCGUAGAGGAUAAGAAGACUCUGCACUGCUAUGAUCCAGCCUCCGAUCAGUGGGACUUUAAGUGCCCCAUGAACGAACCACGAGUCCUUCAUGCAAUGGUCAGUGUGAAUAACCGUAUUUAUGCCCUUGGUGGCAGAAUGGACCAUGUCGACCGCUGCUUCGAUGUUCUGGCUGUAGAGUAUUACAUUCCAGAGACUGAUCAAUGGACAACAGUCAGUUCAAUGCGUGCUGGUCAGUCUGAAGCUGGCUGCUGCUUACUGGAUAAAAAGAUCUAUAUAGUUGGAGGAUACAACUGGCACCUCAAUAAUGUUACCAGUAUUGUGCAGGUUUAUAACACAGAAACAGAUGAGUGGGAAAGAGAUCUUCAUUUUCCAGAAUCUUUUGCCGGAAUUGCUUGUACACCUAUCAUACUUCCCCAAACCACCACCCUACGCUGAGAGUUGGAUCAACACAAAACACAUUCUCUAACAUUUGCUUUAUGGUGAAGUGUCGUCCACAAAAGCAGCAGAAGUCAAAAUUUAUUUGAAGGUUUUGAAGGGAAGCUUUUCCCUUAUAAAAUAUUUACGAAUAUCCCAUCUGCCUUUUCAAGAGCAUAAAUGAUUCAAAGGGAUAGUUAACCCAAGAACGUAAAUUCUGUCCUCAUUUACUCACCCUCAUGUAUUUCAAAACACGUAUGGCUUGACUGACCUGUCCUCCAUAGAACACAAAAGCAGUUAUUUAUAGUAGAAUGUCCGAGCUUCUCUUAUUCAUACAAUGAAAGGCAAAGGGUGAGCAUUGCUGACAAGCAUAGCUUCAAGGCAAGAUUAUAAGUGAAUCCGAUUAAAUUUUUCAGUCUGUUCCUCACACAAUGCUACCAUAUGGCUUCAGAAGAUGUAAAUAUUGUGCACAAGUCUUAAGCACUAAUUUUAUGAUGCCUUUAUGGGGCUUUUUUUGGAGGUUGACAGUCAUUGGUCAUCAUCCACUUUCAUUGUAUGGAAGAAAGCAGAGUAAAGUAAACAUUCUGCUAAACAUCUCCUUUUGGUGUUGCAGAGAAGAAAGAGUCAAAUGAGUUUGGAAUGACAUGAUGGUGAGUAAAUGAUGAUGGAGCACUAAGGACAAUUCACACCACUGCAACUUAAUGACAAAAGCAUAAACUUAUCUGAUGAGCUUGUUCAGAACAUGAAGCAUCUUACUACAAUCAAGCAGUAAAGUCUAUGUGAAUCUUAUUGUUACAUAACUGUCAUUAUUAUGAAAAGGGGCAAUACCAUCAGGCCUCUAUCUGCCUAAAUAUACAUUUCUAUUUAUUUUCUUUAAUUAAGAGAUAAAAGUUCACACUGAAUUUUCAUCAGUCUUUGAAUAAAAUAAUUAAAUUAAUUGUUUGCUAUGCAAAUAAUAUGAAAAAUGGACCUAGCCUCUCAGUAAAACAACAACCACAAAAAAGAUUGCAGUAAGGUAUUUCAGAAAAAGUGUGAAGUGUAGAUGGCUAAUUAUUGUAGCUACAGUUUGAACAUCAUUGUCCACUCAGCAACCGCUUCCAGACUCUCUAGUUCUAACAUACUGACAACCUGCUUUCCUGUUGAAUUAGAAGUGAAGUGAAGAAUUAGAAGUGAAGCAUCUUUCUACAGGCCAAGAGUGUGAUAUUAGUUCUCUUUAGUACGUUCAGUCUUCGCUCCACAUAUGAAUCAAGAUUGUAAAAUGGUUGGUUGAUUUUGAACUGUUUUCGUAAAAUUAUAAAUUGUAAACAGUAAUCCGAAAUCUGGACAGCUAUUACUGUAUAGAAAACAAGCAAUAGAGAAAAACUAAACAACUUUACAACCAACAGUGUCAUUGUUAUAGCCAUUUUAUAUACAAACAAUGCUUAGAACUGAAAAGUCUAUGCAUUGUUUUUUUUUAUUAUAAUUAUUAUUUUCACUGGAUAAAAAUGUUUAUAACCUUUGUCUAACUACAAUCUGUUUUAUUUCACAAACUAAGCAAGCACACUUCAUUGUGCACUUUAAUAUUCAAUGUAUUGAAUCAUGAAUUGAAUGACUGAAAUAUUAGGAAGGUGCAUUGUUUUCUCUGAAUAUGUAAUUUGCACAGUAUGUUAAGGUCAUACAGUAUAUGUUGAACAAGGGCAGAACAUGUUGUUCUUACAUGAAUAACACAGACAUUCCUGGACUCUUUUCUUUAUAUUAUGCUGACAUGUUUCCCUUAGAGAAUAUGAAUGUGAAAAAAAUGCGAUAUUCUUAAAUUGUUUGUGUGUGUACAUUUACAAUAUGAUGACUUGUUUGUUGUUGAUCACAUUUGUGUUAAUUUUCUUUAAGGUGUUUAAAUACGUUUUUGGUGAUUUCCAACCACAUAAAUAUAGUUCAUUCUGUAUAUUUUUAGUUAAUUUACCAUGAAUACUGCCACAAACAACUGUCACUCUUAGCUCAGGACUCGUUUACUUUACUUAAUGCGUUAUUGUCCACUGACAUGGAAAUGUUCCUUUGGCUUUUCACCACAAUACAAAAACACACAAUAAUCACACAAGAUUAGCAUGAGACCAAAUUAAAAAUAAUACAUUGUAAUGCACAAAAUCUCAUUCAUUAAUGAUCACAAUUGCAUAACCAAAAUGAAACAAACAAUCAUUACAUUCCUCAAUUGAGCAGUCUUAUAGGUACAAAAUAAUUCUUAUAAACCUUUUAAAAAAAUAUUUGGAGCCCUGUACCGCCUUCCUGAUGGAAGCAUUAUAAAUUCAGCAUGCAAUGGAUGUGUAGAAUCGGUUGUAAAUAUCCUUGCUCUUCUGAGCACUGCAUGGGUGCCUGUUACAGGCUGUUCAUUUGGAGCUGUUGCUUCUCAAUUAUUUUACAUGCUAUUUUAACAAUUCUAGUUAACCUAUUCUUGCUCCUUAGUAUCAUGUUCCCAUAGCAGGUCGUAAUAUAAAACAUUAAAACACUCUUCAUAUGACUGUAUACAAUUUCCAAGAUUGAUUGGUCAACAUUAAAUCCCUUUAAUAUCUGCAUGAGGUACAAUCUUUGGCUUGCUUUCUUAAAAAGAAUUGUCUGUAUUCACAGUAAUCUAACAAUGUGUCAAUGUAUGUUCCCAAAUAUUUAAAACUCUGCAAUCUCUAUGACCUGUACACUAAGUACUGUUCUUCUCAUUAAUUGCUGUUAAUCCAAUUUAACAUAAAAAAUAAAUUCCUUAGUUUUCUUUACAUUUAUAUGCAAUGCACUUGAUUGACACCAUUCCAUUAAUAACAGUAUUUCUUCAUAAAGUCUUCCAACAAUAUCAUAUCAUCAGCAUACUUGAUUAAUCUAGCUGUUUUUAACUCAUUGGUAUAUAUUGAAAACAAAAUAGGUGACAAUACAAAACCUUGAGGUGCUCCUGUAUUUAAGACCAACCAGUUCAUUAGAGAACAUACCAUUCAUAAAAACUUUUUGUAGCUGAUCUGAAAAGAAAUCUUUGAUUCAAUGUAUCAAAUUAAAAUGUACAUUCAUAUUAAAAUGUAUGUUGUACUAAUGUAUUGUUGGAAACCUUAAAAGGUUAAAGUGGACAACACCUGGUUAAAGGAAUAGUUAACCCAAUAAUGAAAAUUCUCUCAUCACGUAUGUCAUCCCAAAUAUAUAUGACUUACUUUCUUCUGCUGAACACAAACAAUAUUUUUUUUUUAAAUAUCUCAGCUCGGUAGGUCCUCAAAAUGCAAGUGAAUGGGUGCCAAAAUGUUUUAGCUCCCAUUUAGCACAACAUUUUUGGCACUCAUUCACUUGCAUUGUAUGGACGUGCAGAGCUGAGAUAUUCUUAUAAAAAUCUUUAAGUUGAGACUGCCGAUUUAGUCAGCUGAGUCCUAACUCAUUAACAAAUGGCCUUUAAUCUAUUCCUAUGGGACUAAUUUCACAGAUCAGCCUUAAUUAACCGGUUUAAAGCACUUAAAGUGACGUUACCCAGUCAGCUCUUCUUUUCCAAAUCACAUCAUUAGUUUACAUUUUAAUAAACAAGAAAACUCAUUCGAUUUAUGAAUAUCUUUUAUAGCAUAUAGUUACAUCUAAAAAAAUAAAUAAAAGUUCAAUCUUUUUGUGGAUAUAAAAUAAAUGCAGUUCUUAAUUUGAUGUUUGAAAUUAUGUAUUACAUUUUGAAAUGUUUGUUUGGUAUUACACAUUUUGAAAGAUCACUGAUUGUAUUUCUCUUUGUAGCACGUUUUUACUAUUACCUUUGUACACAUUUUGUCUUCCAUUUGUGAAAUUACUUAUGUGUUUUGUGUUCUUAUUUAUCCAUCUGCUGUUACAGUUUGGUCUAAAUAAAAAUGCAGUAGAUGUAUAUUGUCAGCUGUGACAAUUUAUAUAGGUAAUCAAAAAAGUAUCAGUACAAAAUAAUGUUUCUUUAUAUUAAA